CUACUCUUUCUCAUACGGUGCUUUGCUUGCGAUUUGCUUAUCUCAUUCUCUUCUAUUCGCAAGCCAUCCCCUAAUAUACAAAACAAAUCCCUCUAUUUAUAUAACAACAAAAAAAAUCAGACAUUUCUUAGAGAAAGUACUACUUUAUUUUUUAUAAAAAAACUGUAAAAAUACGUGUAAAUCACAUAUCGAAACACACACUACAAAUUUUGUAUCAGAGAAGAAACUUCUGAUCUUGUUCCCCCUCUCUUUCUCUCUCUCCUAUUGCCUUCAUUUUCAGGAUGGGUGAAUAUCUUUUGUUCAUAUUUCGGUAUUUAUGUAUUGGAAGUUUUGUAUUUUGAGAUGUGAAAAUUAGGGCUAGAAAUUAUUGGUUUGUGUUGUUUUUGUGGGUUAUUAUUGUGAAUAUUUUGGAAUGGGUAAUAAGUUGGGAAGGAGGAGGCAAGUGGUGGAUGAGAAGUACACUAGGCCUCAGGGGUUGUACCAACUUAAGGAUGUGGAUAUUAAGAAGCUUCGUAAACUCAUUCUUGAUUCCAAGCUCGCACCUUGCUAUCCUGGUGAUGAUGAUUGUCCCAACUCUGACCUCGAGGAAUGCCCCAUUUGCUUCUUGUAUUAUCCUAGUUUAAACCGUUCAAGAUGUUGCAUGAAAGGCAUUUGUACAGAGUGUUUUUUGCAGAUGAAGACCCCCAAUUCAACCCGUCCAACACAAUGCCCAUUUUGUAAAACAUCAAAUUACGCGGUGGAAUAUCGUGGGGUUAAGACGAAGGAAGAAAAGGGGAUAGAGCAGAUUGAGGAACAACGGGUUAUAGAAGCCAAAAUAAGGAUGAGACAGCAGGAGAUGCAGGAUGAAGAAGAGAAAACACAGAAACGAAGAGAGCUUAGUUCUUCCAGUAGUAUUGCUGGACCAAGUGAGAUAGAGUAUUGCUCUACAGCAGCACCAUCUUUUGCUUCUGCUGUGGAAGGUGGAGAAGUCAUUACUUCUCAAGAGACAUGUGCAGCUUCAACAAUUAGACAGCCUCAACGCAUGAGGCAGAAUAGGUACGAACUGUUUUUUGGUGCUAAUUGGUUCAAAUCAUCUUUCCUAAUUUACGAUAAAUUUACUGAAGAAUUUACUCAUUUAGGUCAUGUUGAUGGACUAGAUAGUUUGAUACUAGCCACUAAAUCAUCUUAAAAGUAUUGAAAAAGG